AUCCCUUUUCCUUUGAACUGUUUUGAAUAUUAUACUAGGUGUCCUAGUUCAGAGCUACAAUGGAGAAAGAGACGUUGAAAGAUUUCAGGGUGGAGAUCGUUCGAACCUUUGUCAUGCAAUCACCUGUACCAACAAAAGAUUGCACGCUCAAAGGUUCCAACAUAGAUCUCACUGUACCCGCCAUUAGUCCGGGUCACUUCUUUGUUUACAAAGCAGUGCAAGAUAAGACAUACCGAGAGAUUGCAAGCUCGAUUAAGAAGGCGCUCUGUGAGGUACUGGUACUGUUUUAUCCAGUUGCCGGAAGGUUUAUCAUCGGCCAUAACGGUGAGCCUGAGAUAGAGUGCAAUAAUCAAGGAGUGCCCUUCGUUGAAGCUGAAGCCGACGCCGCCAUUAAGGAUCUCGAUUUUUCUCAGCCAAGUUUUACUGCUGCAAAAUUGACUCCUACGAGGCACCCUCUCCAAGGAGAAUCACCUUAUUGUAUUCCUGUUCUAGCUGUACAGGUGACAAAAAUGAACUGUGGCGGAAUUGUAGUGGGUUGUUGUUUUGAUCACAGAAUAGUAGAUGGAAUAAGCAGUUAUAAUUUCUUUAAAGCAUGGACGGAGGCAGCACAAGGUCUAUCAUCUUCCAUUAUUACGCCUUGCUUUGAUCGCUCACUCAUUACUCCCCACCACCCUCUCAACACUCGUGCAGUGCCCGUCAUUGAUGGGCAUUACAUGGCACUGCCUUUCUCUGCUCUCGAUCGCACUGAUCCUCCUCCACCCCAAAUUGGCCGCAUCUAUCAUUUGGAUGCUCCUGCGCUUCUCCAAUUGCAGGCUCUCGCAAACCAAACUCAAGGAAAAACUCCUCUUGGUAAAUCCAUAACAAAGAUGGAGGCGGUCUCUUCAUAUAUUUGGAAAGUUUUUGCUCGAGCCCAGGCUUUGACUUCUUCAGAACCAACCAGAAUUGGUAUCCCGAUUGACGGGCGUGCAUAUCUGAACCUCCCUCCUGUUGCUCUUUGUGCCGCUGGAGCUACAGAGCUCGAAUCAGUUACAGAGAAUGGUGUGAACAAUGGUUUCAUUCAAGAGAUUAGCGCAAUUCCAUUCAAGGAGAGUUAUGCAGAGCACAUAUUAAAGCAGCCAUUAAGCAAGAUAGCAGAAAUUGUACGCAACGUAAUCAGUGCUUCUGCAAACAGUGAAUAUUUCAGGUCCGUCGUGGAUUGGGUGGAGGAGAAGAGACCAGCAGCGAUGUUAGUGAGAGUUUAUGGGGAGGAAGGGUCUGCCGUGGUGGUAUCGUCGGGAAUGAGGAUUCCAUUGUAUGAAUUUGACUUUGGUUGUGGGAAGCCUACGUUUUCAAGCGUAUAUUUUCCAUGGGGAGGAACAGCAGGGUAUGUGAUGUUGCAGGCGAGCCCCCUGGGAGAGGGGAAUAUGGUGGUGUAUAUGCACAUGGCCGAGAAGGACUUAGACGCCAUUGAAACUGAUCCCGAAUUUCUGUUCGUGAGGGUCAAUCGAAUGAAUUGCUGGUAA